CUUCCGCCCCUGAGGGGGCGGGGCCGGCGCUGGGCCACACCCCUACGCCCGGGCUCCGCAGGCUUCCACCCGCAGGGCGGUGCACCUUCGUGCCCCUUGAGGCUUGAACUUCAUGUUUUCUGAACGGUCUUCCAGACCGAACCUGAACCACUCCAGACCACCUCAGCGCACAGCCAUCCCUCUCCACCACCUAGGAACAACCCACCUCCCCAAGUCUGGCCAACCAGGAUGUAGGACUAAUCCUAAACCAAUUAAGAACGUUAAUCCCUGAGGCCGGAUCUGCAAACUCCCUAAUCUCGGGAAGAGAGCCCGGCUGGGCCCACUCGCAGCCCCCUGGAAGCAGCGAGCACCUUCACUGGGGCGUGUGCAUUUACCACUUCCUGGUGAUUGGUGUGCUCAUCUCCUCGUGUCCCCAUUGUGCCUUGACUGGUCGAUCAGCUCCAGCAAAGCCAGCAGUCUAAUGGGCUGAAGUCGGAGGCUGAUACUUUCUCAACUACAUUCCAUCUGGUGGACCUAGGCCUCUUCCUGAGACAAAGAUGGUGGAUGCAAAGGCAGUCACUGACCAUGGCACCCCACAGGCCCUGGCACAGCAGCGCAGUGGAGUCAGCAAUGUCAUAGUGAAAACACCCUUCUAUCAGGUGUCCUGCUGUGGGCCUGCUACUUGUACCAGCUGCUGCCACCUUUGGCGGCCCUCUCUCACCACGUCUACUUGGAGCCGUCUAUUCUACACCCUCAUCCAUAUGGGGGCCUCAACAGUUUGCUGCCUCCUGCUGUCAAGGACAGUGGUGGAAAAAGUCUGGGGCAAGAUCCAGAUGCCCUCAGCCUUCUGUGCCCACCUGUUUGGCCACCCUGACUGUCCAGUGCUCAGUGGCUCUGGGGCUGUGUACCGAGUAUGUGCAGGAACUGCUACCUUCCACCUGGUGCAAGCUAUCCUGCUGGUCCACCUCCACUCCCCCGCCAGCCUACGGGCACAACUGCAUAACAGCUUUUGGUUCCUGAAGCUGCUGUUGCUGUUAUGCCUCUGUGCUGUUGCCUUCUGCAUCCCAGAUGAGCAUCUCUUUCCAGCCUGGCAUUACAUUGGCAUCUGUGGAGGCUUCACAUUCAUCCUACUGCAGUUGGUGCUUAUCACAGCCUUUGCUCACUCCUGGAACAAGAACUGGCAGACAGGUGCAGCCCAAGACUGCAGCUGGUUCCUAGCUGUGCUGCUGGCUACCACAGGAUUCUACAGCUUGGCAGGCAUAGGAACCAUGCUCUUGUUUCACCACUACACACAUCCCACAGGCUGCCUGCUCAACAAGCUGCUGCUUACUCUCAACAUUUGCUUCUGUGGCCUCCUGUCCUUCCUCUCCAUCACCCCUUGCAUCCGCCUCAAGCAACCCCGCUCUAGCCUUUUACAAGCCUCAAUCAUCAGCUGCUAUAUCAUGUAUCUGACUUUCUCUGCACUGUCCAGCCGCCCUCCAGAGAGAGUUAUCCUUCAGGGACAGAAUCAUACCCUGUGCCUUCCUGGUCUGAGUAAAAUGGAACCCCAAGUACCAGAUACCUCAGUAGCUGUGUUAAGUGCUGCCAUCAUGUAUGCUUGUGUGCUUUUUGCUUGCAAUGAGGCUUCAUUCCUGGCUGAGGUAUUUGGGCCCUUGUGGAUAAUCAAGGUUUACAGCUACGAGUUCCAGAAGCCCUCACUCUGUUUCUGUUGCCCAGAAUCGGCAGAGCCAGAGAAUGGCCAAAAGGGUGGCACAGCUAGGCCAGCUGACCAAGACCACCUUCCGGCAACUCCAGUACAAGCCCAGCAUCUUCCCUACAGCUACUCUGCCUUCCACUUCGUCUUUUUCCUUGCUUCACUCUAUGUAAUGGUUACUCUUACCAACUGGUUCAGGUAGGAUAAAGGUAGGCCCCAGAUACUCUCCUAAAAAACCUUGCUUUUGGGGGGGGGGGAUCAAAAAUUCAAGAUCAUACCAAGGGUUGGCCAUGAUUGUGGGGAGGUAGAAUAGUCUAAAAGCUAAGAUCCUGCAUGUUCUCUAACAACUCUUUGGUUCCACAGCUAUGAAGGAGCAGAACUGGAGACCUUCACCAAGGGAAGCUGGGCCACCUUCUGGGUGAAGGUGGUCUCAUGCUGGGCCUGUGUACUCCUCUACCUGGUAUUGUUACUAGCACCAAUCUGUUGGUCUCCUACUAAGAAUCCUCAGCACCCUCUUAUCUUCAGGCAUCGCAUCAGUAUUAGUGGGUAAAAGCCCCCAGUCUAGGGGUUUUAACCAGCUGGGGUUCCCUUAAUAUUGUGCUCCCUAGUCUUGGCUUAAGGGAGCUGCCCAGCACAGCACCACAAGAGCAGAAAGGGAAAUUAUAUCCCCUUAGAUUUAAUACUACAUCUAAAUUGGAAAAAGUGGUCAAAGACACGUUAACACUACAGACAGUAUCUGACUAAAUGAAGCUACCCGUUAUGUCUUCAUCCCAGUUUAAGAGCCUAACUCUCAAAUCAGCAGCUCAGGAACCACUGCUGAUCCUAGCAGACACUAUGGCACCAGCCCUUUCCUGGCUCGUGGUGGGGGUGGGGAAAGACCAACAAGGACUCAAGAUUGGCUUUGCCUUUGCAAAUAAAUAAGCAGUUCAGCCCUGGGUGCAGGGAUGUAAGAAGCCCAGAACCGCAGAACAAACCAGGCCACAGGAAGAAAGGAGCACAGAGGCUAUCCUAGGUUUUAGUCCUGACUCUGAGGUCAAGGGAAGUGGGAAGACAAAAACCACCUUCAUUCCAUGAGGAAUGACAGAAGAGAAUGUGAACAACACUGAGAGUAACUAACCUCAGGAAGUUGGCGAACAGCAGGACUUUUUGGCCAACUUUCAAGCAGACAAACAAACUAAGGAAGAAUGAGGAAGAGAGGUAUCAACUUAGGUCCUGGAGCAUUCCCUCUUAGGCCCUCGACUUCAUCCUGGACUGGUGUGGGGGACAAAAAUCACAGAAAAUAAGUCUCGAUGGUUCUUAAAGGGUUCCUCUACCACAUAACUGGAGUGCUUUUCUGGCCAUCAUAGUAAAAUAAAACUCUUUUCUGUGAUGUCUCA